UGUUCACUACACUCGUCACGUCUCCUCCUAUAAACCAGUUAUUGAAAGUUCAGAUCGUACCUAGUCAACACCCCCCUUUGUGAUAAAUGCACUUGAAGAAAUCCCUCGGACUCAAACUCAAGUCCAAAAACAACACUCCAACUCAUUCCCGUCCUGGGUCUUCCUCUGGUGAACGCAAGGCGUUGGCAUUGCUCAGAGUUCAAGUUAUCAGCUGUAGUAAUCUGCUCGCGAAGGAUUCGAAUGGAUACAGCGAUCCCUACGUCGCCCUCAUUUUCGGUCAAAGUAAACAGCAAACACCCACCAUCUCCAAAACUCUGAAUCCCAUCUACGACACUAAAGAAUCUACAUUCGAUUUCCCUAUCGGGAGUACUGGUGUCGAUGGCGCGUUGGAAAUGGUCGUGUGGGAUAAGGAUAUACUCGGGAAGGAUUAUUUGGGAGAGGUUGCUUUGAGUGUAGAACACUGGUUUGGUUCUCCAGACCCGCAGAAACGAAGGCCCCUCGAUUGGUCUAUGGCUGAAAAACUCGAGGGUUUCAUCGUUCCUUUGGUGUCUACGAGGAGUGGUACGGUUUCUCAAGGAGAAAUCAAGUUGAAAUUGGGGUUUCUCCCCGUAGAAGAUCAAGAUACGGAUCUUGACAAGGUUUACGAGCAGUUGAUUAGGAAUACGAAAAGAAAAGAGGCUGAGGAUGUGACUGCUGGUGUUCCGACCCGAGGAGUGGGGACCACGACUAGCUCUAACGAAGAUGCCGAUCAUGGUGGAAUUUCGUCCGAAUCUGAAACUGAAGAAGAGCUUGACGAGGAGAAGAAGCAGAGAGAAUCAGCAACUUACAACGACCUUCAUUCGAGUGGAGGACGUGGUCAUGAUGUACUCGGUAUUAUCAGCUUGCACGUUCAACAUGCAGAUGAUCUGCCCAAGCUUAAGAACAUGACUCGAACUGGCUGGGACAUGGACCCUUUCGUCGUCGUCUCUUUUGGUAAAAAGAUCUUUCGGACCCGUGUUAUCCGGCACAGCUUAAAGCCCGUAUGGGACGAGCAGCUAUCUUUUCACGUUAGGCGUUACGAACGUGGAUUCUCAGUCAACGUUGCUGUCCUUGACUGGGACAAGGUAUCUGGCAAUGAUCAUAUUGGAGAUACGAGUUUUAGUGUGAAGGAGGUUAUGGAAGCUGCGGUUCAAGAUGACAACGAAUGGAAGGAGAUGACGCUUCCUUUAACUCCGCCUGAUGAACCGAACGGGAAAGGCGGAUGGGGAGACAAGUUUAAGCCGAGCAUCACGUUCCGGGCAAAAUAUCAGUCAUAUUCUGCAGUCCGCAAUCAAUUCUGGCGAAAAUAUCUCCAGCAAUUCGAUAGCAAUGACGACCAGCGAAUUUCCCGCCUCGAGUUGACAUCUAUGCUCGAUUCUCUUGAAUCUACGAUCUCUGACGAAACCCUCGAUUCGUUCUACACCCGAUUCAACCAAGACCCAGAUGCGGGUGAACUGACAUUUGACCAAGUCGCGCAGUGUUUAGAGGAACUACUGGCUACCCCAGAAUCUAAAAGAAAACAAGUUCGAUUGGAAGAAGGAGAACCGGUUAUGAAAGGUGUCGAUCAUCGAGGGAAGGAGGUAGAUCUCUCUGGGCUCAGUUUGGAAGCCAAGUCUGGUGGUGGUGGUGCUGGUGGUGGUGCUGGUGCUGCUAAUGCUGGUAGUGGCGCUCCCUCUGGAAAUGACACGUACGAACGAGUGGUCACGAUUCGGAAAUGUCCUAUUUGUCAUCGAGCUCUCCAACCAUCUUCUACUGUUUCUGAAGCGAGCGAGCUUCAGACCCAGACCCAGACCCACCCUGAUCUGGCGAAGCGGCCGGCGAGGGUGAGGUCAGAGAUGGAUGUGAUGAACCAUAUAGCUGUGUGCGCAUCUCAUGGAGCUUGGAAAGACGUGGAUAAGAUCGUGGUUGGGUUCAAUAACGAGGAUCUGGCGGAUGACGAAGAAGCCGGGAAGUAUGUUACGGCUCAUCAGGCUCAGAGGAAGUGGGUUUCGAAGAUGUUGGCUAAAGUUGGAGGUGGAGAGUAUAAGUUGGGUGCGAAUUCGGGUAAUAUCAUCGUUCAAAAUCGUAUAACGGGACAAUUGGAAGAGGAGAAAAUGCAGGUUUAUGUUAGGUUUGGGAUCAGGCUGUUGUAUAAAGGGAUGAAUAGUCGGAUGGAAGGCGCUCGAGCUCGCCGGCUUCUCAAAUCCUUGUCUGUCAAACAGGGAAUUAAAUACGAUUCACCUGAAUCAGCGAAGGAGAUACCAGAGUUUAUAGAGUUUCAUCGGUUGGAUAGGACAGAGAUAUUGGAUCCUUUGGAUUCCUUUAAAACAUUUAACCAAUUCUUUUAUCGAAAACUCAAACCUUCCGCACGCCCCCUCGAGGACCCCACAGACCCCUACCGCCUCGUCUCAGCCGCUGACAGUCGAAUGAUGGCAUUCGAAACGAUUACAGAAGCAACAACGAUAUGGAUCAAAGGACGAGAAUUCAGCAUCUCCCGUCUCCUCGGACCUUCCUUCCCACCAUCCGAAACGGAGAAGUACAGUAACGGAGGGGCGUUGGCUAUAUUCCGAUUAGCACCACAGGAUUAUCAUCGAUAUCAUUCUCCUGUGGAUGGGAAGAUUGGAAAAGUUGUUGAUAUUGAGGGAGAGUAUUAUACUGUUAACCCUCAAGCGAUCCGAACGGCCUUGGACGUCUAUGGCGACAAUGUACGGAAAAUCGUACCGAUUGAUUCACCACAGUUUGGUCGAGUGAUAGCUGUUUGUAUUGGAGCGAUGAUGGUUGGAUCGAUAAAGUUGACGGUUGAAGAAGGGCAAGAUGUGAAGAGAGGAGAGGAGUUUGGGUAUUUUGCGUUUGGUGGAUCAACGAUCGUCGUUCUCUUCGAGGCUGGAACGGUCGAGUGGGAUGAAGAUCUGUUGUUUAAUUCUAGAGAUUCGUUGGAAACGCUUGUACGUGUUGGGACGGGUGUGGGCAAGGGGAAACGUAGGGCGUAGAGACUAAGAAUUCGUCGGCGUCUGUUUGUGUGGACGUCUUGUAUUUUUUUUGAAGAAAAGGGGAUGUAAUUGAGUAUGAAAUGUACGGUAUAGGAAUUAUGUAACGUGAAAGGAAGUAACCUGUUUCUCUUGUACAUGUACAUGUACAUUUCGUUGAUGCAUCUCCUUUCCUUCGCAGGGGAACGGUAUGUAAUGGUAUGUAAUGUAAUACCAAAUCCCCUAUACCUUACAUACAAUGUCAAACGGUUACGGAGAGUCGGGGACAUGUUAUCGACAUUCAUGACAACCGCCGACACCCAAGUCAAAUUUAGAUCAAUGCCAAAACUCUCAAGUUCAAUCACUCAAAUCAAAUCAUCAAGAACCAUCCGCUAUUGUCACCAGCCAACGUGAAACACAAAACACAAAAAUAAGGGGGGAGCAGUAUCUCACAAGGAGCGCAAACCAUUCGAGGUUAAGGAGGAAGGAGGAAGAGGAAAACGUUAUACAUCAAAUCGUAAAAAUCCCAGUUUUUUGAACCAUCCCAGCCGUUCCCUCCCCUCUCAAGAAAAGUGUGAAUAGAAAUGAAGUGCAGUACGGAAGAACCGCUACAAAUCAAAGCAUGGAAAGAAAAGAGUGAAAAAAUCGAGGAAGAUGAUGGGGGUAUAGGUAGGAAAUAGUAAGAGGUAAUAUCGUCGUCAACCCGAGCACCGCUCACAAGGCCAGAGAUAGGGCUUAAUGAUGCCUCUUUGCACGAGCCAUAUGCAAACUCCUAGCAACCUUGGGAACAGAGGAACGUUUGGUACGACGACGGCAGGUCUUUCCACUGCUGGGAGGGGUACUGGAAGAGUUGCCACUGUCCUGGUUCUGGCCUUGGUUAGCAUUGGUAGCGUCAGUGCUGCUGUCCGAGUUGCCACCAUCCUGGUUCUGUUGACCGUUGUUGGAGUCACCGGUGUUGUAACCGCCUUGGUUGGAGUUGUCGCCACCCUGGUUGGAGUUGUCGCCACCCUGGUUAGAGCUGUCGCCACCCUG